AAGCGUUGAUGCAUCCGGCUAAGUAGGGGGAUAAAUAAAUGAAUAAAAGUGCACUCGACGUAAAUCAACACUAACGAAGAACUGAAGACGCUAGUGAUGCGCUUCGUCGUCGUCGUCGUCGUCGCCGUCUUUCGAUCGUAUCGAGCCGAACAAGAUUAGUUCUAAUUGCGAUCUAGCAGCAGUGAAAGUGAAAGCUCUAGUGAAAGUAUCCACAUAGAACAGAUUUUUCUUCGCUGUUGAAUAAUCCAGAUUGCGUGCAGGGUAGAUAAAAUGGCAGCUUUGCGGUGGGGUGUUGUGACCGCUGGAACCGUUUCACACGAUUUUGUGUGCGCCGUAUCGACGUUACCCGAUAGUGAGCACAAAGUGGUGGCCGUUGCCGCCCAAGGACUUGAAAAUGCGAAGAAGUUUGCUGAACUGCAUGGAAUUCCCGCUUUCUAUGGAAGUUAUGAAGCAUUGGCAAAGGAUUCACGUGUUGAUAUCGUCUACAUCGGUACGGUUAGCAACGUACAUUACGAUGUGGCCAAGAUGAUGCUGGAGGCUGGAAAGCACGUGCUCUGUGAUAAACCGCUAUGCAUAAACGAGGGUCAAACUAAAGCGCUACUACACUUUGCCCGGGAACGGAAAUUGUUCUGCAUGGAGGCGAUCUGGUCGCGGUUCUUUCCGAGCUACAAUCAUGUGCGUGAAAGAAUCAGAAAGGGUGACCUGGGACAAGUGAGACAAGUAACAAUCGAACAAGGAAUCCCUAUUAGCAAAGUGGAUCGCAUCCGAAUGAAACAUCUCGGCGGAGGUACGGUACUUGAUCUUGGCGUUAACAACAUUCAAUUGGUGUUGUGGGCUUUCGGAGACUUUCCAGAUGAAAUAGUUGCGGAAGCUAUACUGAACGAACAGAACGUCGAUACUGAAACAAAUGUUGAACUUCACUUUCCGAAUGGCGGUAAAGCGACUAUUAAAACCAGCGGAGAAGUAAGUCUUUCCAACACUGCUAUUAUCACCGGAACGCGUGGAUCAAUAAAGCUUUACGAUUUUUGGUGCCCCAUAGAAUUGACAGAUAUGGACGGCACCGUUCGCUCCUACCCGUUGCCAAACUCUAAAAUCGAGUGCAUCCAAAAGAACAGCGUCGGUUUGCGGUACCAGGUGGAAGAGUGCCGCAAGCGUGUUCUGGCAGGCGAUUUUGAGUCUCAAACGGUAUCGCACGCGGACAGCUUGGCGAUAGCCCGUGUACAGGAUGCGAUCCGUAAGCAGAUAGGAAUUGUAUUGGCGGAAGAUUACAUAUUCAAACCCUGAAUAGAUUAAGUUGUCCAUUAAUGAUGUGCGUCAAAGUGCGUACAUAAAUACGGAGUAAUCUAUUGCGGUUUUAGAAGUAUUUCCAAGCGCUUUGUACGCUUUAAAUCCAAUUACAAUUUUUUACGUGUGUAGAAAAUUUGAAGAUGUCCGAUGUUUGUUGUUACUACUUUACACAGAAAUUGGACAUAUAUUUUCAGUUAAAAUUUUUUGGUUAUAUUUGUUCUAAAUAUUAGUAACACUAGAUAGUAUUCGAAAUAUAAAAACGAAGGCGGUGGAUUGUUCAACUCA